UCACUAGUUCACCCAACAGUUUUUGUGCUGAUCCACGCUCGUCUCGAGUGGAGCCACUGGUCUCCUCGCGGUGGAUUUUGAUCAGCUGGACGCGCCAGGGCGCAGUUUUCCUCAACGGACGCAUCAGCUGAUCUGGCUCUUUCUUCCUUUCACUUCAUUUGCGAGAAGCCAGUCGCUCACAAAAGACUCUCGGCUGAGAAAAGCGGAGUGACACAACAACUGGAGGAUUCGAGCUGAGCUCCGAGCCCAUGAAAACAGGAGAGCCGCGAGAACCAAGAGAGGUCACCAACUUCCCCUGAGCAAAGAAGAGACACCAGAACAUACACAUGGGGCAGGGCGAGGCUUCAGCGCGGGGCACCAGCAUGGAGGGUGACUGCCUCAGCUGCAUCAAGUACCUCAUGUUUGUCUUCAAUUUCCUCAUCUUUCUUGGGGGCUCGUUCCUCCUCGGAGUGGGAGUGUGGGUGCUGGUGGACCCCACUGGAUUCAGGGAAAUCGUGGCAGCAAACCCUCUGCUCUUCACUGGGGUGUACAUCAUCCUGGGCAUGGGGGGGAUGCUCUUCCUCCUGGGCUUCCUGGGCUGCUGCGGAGCCAUCCGCGAAAACAAGUGUCUGCUUCUGUUUUUCUUCAUGCUCAUCCUGCUCAUCUUCUUGGCAGAGUUGGCCGCCGCCAUCCUGGCUUUCAUAUUCCGCGAACAUCUGACUAGGGAAUACUUCACCAAGGAGCUGAAGAGACAUUACCAGGGCUACAACAACACGGACGUCUUCACCUCCACCUGGAACGCCAUCAUGAACACAUUCGACUGCUGCGGGGUGAACAGCCCGGAGGAUUUUAAAGAUAGCCUGUUCAGGAUGCUCAACCCAAAUCACAUGGUGCCAGAAGCCUGCUGCCAGCGUGCCAGUCAGACCGGAGACGUGGCCUCCAUCAGCCUGGAACAGUGCUUAUCAGGAAAUAUGAUGUUCCGCAAUAACAAGGGCUGUUACUCUGCUGUGGUGGACUACUUUGAGUUAUACAUCUAUGUGGCCGGAGCGCUGGCCAUCGUGGUGCUGACCAUUGAGCUCUUCGCCAUGGUCUUCGCUAUGUGCCUCUUCAGGGGGAUCCAGUAAAGCUGCUUCAUCUGCGAUCAUCGUCAUCACUUUUCGUAAUUCAGGAGAAAAAUAACAACAUGGACACUUUUGGAAAUUUGUCUGUUUCUUUUCCUGGUUCAUUUGCUUCAAAUGUAUACUCCUUUAACUCCUGUACUUCACAGCUGGACUUUUGAGGUACUGGGUGGCCAAAACUCAUUUGUACACAUAAAAAGUAGGGGAUCAGGGACAAACCGUGAUGUAAAACAAAUGUGCGUAGAGAGAAUAGAAUCAUCUGUCGACCAGGUCUUGCACGGCGCGAGGGUGAAGCGGACCGGACCCGAGGACCGGGAGAAGCCUGCGCGGAGGGCACUGCACUGACUUUUGGAUGAAGAAUAUUUAUAUUAAGUAGAAGUUGGCUUAACUGUAAAAAUGUGUUUUAUGUUCGACACUUCGGCUGUUUCGUAUUCUUUUAAUACUGUAUACUGUAACACACGCUCCCUCAUUUUUACAGCCACUAUUCUUCAAUGCUGUAUUAUAAGCUGCGCGUAUGUGGAUGGGUGUGUGUGGUUGUACAUACUGGAUGCUGUUUUUGAAUGUGUAGUUCGUAAGCUCUCCGUGACCCUGCUAGAGCUCACAGCCAACUUCUUUUUUCUAUUUGUACGGUGAUGUUUACUGCAGUAGUGGUCUUACGUGGUUUUAGGUGGUGAAAUGUAUUUGUAUGCAUUCGAGUUAGACUCUUGAAAAGUCAAUGACAUA